AAGGCGAGGGCAUCGGCGUCUCCGCUCCUCGCUCUUGCUCCUCCCGGAGCUGCUCCAUGGCAGAGCUGCCCUGACUGCCCCGCUGUACCGCUCCGCCACUGCUGCUGCCGCCGCCGCCCGCCCCAGCCCGGAAUGAUCUGAACCCUCCGGCGGAGACGCACCCGAGUCCAGAGCUAUUGCCGAUCACAGACCUCAGUGCCGGAAUGGAUGUGUUUAUGAAGGGCUUGUCCAAAGCGAAGGAAGGGGUGGUUGCUGCAGCAGAGAAGACCAAGGAAGGGGUAGCAGUGGCAGCGGAGAAGACCAAGGAAGGUGUACUGUAUAUGGGAAACAGAACUCGGGAAGGUGUGCAAAGUGUGGCCUCAGUUGCUGAGAAGACAAAAGAGCAGGCAUCCCAGCUGGGUGGAGCUGUCUUCUCAGGAGCUGGCAAUAUCGCAGCUGCCACAGGCCUGGUCAAGAAGGAAGAAUUCCCCACUGACCUGAAGCCGGAGGAGGUUGGUCAGGAAGCUGUGGAGGAGCCACUGAUAGAGCCACUGUUGGAACCUGAGGGUGAGAAUUAUGAAGAGCCACCACAGGAAGAAUAUCAGGAAUACGAGCCAGAAGCAUAAUGGCCAUCCCUGUUCCCGACACUUCCACCAGCAGCACAACAAUAAUGACCUUCCCCUUCCCAACCCUUCUCCGCCUCUCCAAAGGAAAGCUUUGAGGCAGAUGGUGAUGGAGAGAAGCCCCCCACAACCCAUCCUGCCAUGAGUUCUUCCUCCAGUUCUGCUCCAAGGGACCUCAUUGGGAUCUGUGUUUUAUGUAUCGUGGUCUUUAGCAUUAAGAGAAAAACAAACAAUUCUGAAGACAAACCCUGACCGCAGCGGUUUGUGUGUGCGAGUGUGUGUGUGUGUGUGUGUGUGUGUGUGUGCGUGUGCGCACGCAUUUGUGAGCCUGGCCUUACUGCCCUGUCUCCCUCCCAGCACAGUAAGGCCAGGCUUCCUGUGUCUGUAAGAAGCAUGUUGUAUCUUCUCCGUUUUUAAGCAGCGCAUUCCAUCAUCUUGGCUGGGACCCCAUGCUGGGCCUGCUGUACAUUUGCUUGCACGUGAAAUCAUGCCGACUCCACUCCAUUGCCAUUGGUGGAACUUUUUUUAUAUCUCUGAAUGGAUUGUUUAUGCCUUUGUGAUCUCCCCAUUUCCUGACCCCCCUGGUCUUGUAAAAGAGACUCCCUAAUUUGACGGUGCAGAAGUCGUGUCUGUGUAUCCCAAACAAAAGGAAUACCUUCCCUUUCCUGCCCCCAGCGCUCUGUGUUGUGACUGUGGCAUGGAUAUAUACCUCCCACUGUCGCUAUGUGUGCAAUCCUGGGGCAGCUGCCAGUGACACAGCUGCCCCUGUGUCCAUGAAUAAAGCCAACUCUUGUCUGUA